AUGACAGGAGUCCCCCGUAAUAAAGCAGAACACAAGCUUGCCACACUCCCAGGCGUUAAGCCGGUUGCUCAGGGUAAACGUAGCAUGGCCCCGGACCGACGGGCAGCGGUUGUUAAAGAAAUAAGAAAAUUAGUGGAAGCUGGAAUCCUCAGGGAAACGCAAUACCAUACAUGGAUAUCCAACCCGGUCAUGGUAAAAAAGCCAGAUGGCACGUGGCGAAUGUGCAUUGACUUCAAAGAUCUAAAUAAGGCGUGCCCCAAGGACGCAUACCCACUACCCGAGAUUGAUUUAAAGGUCGAUUCCUUGGUACCCUACCGAUUCAAAUGUUUCCUGGACGCUUACAAAGGGUACCACCAGAUCAAGAUGUCCAAAGAAGACGAAGAAAAAACAGCGUUUCAUACCGAUGUGGGCAUUUUUUGUUACACAAAAAUGCCUUUUGGUCUACGGAACACCGGAGCUACCUAUCAGAGACUCAUGGACAAGGUGUUCGAGACAAAAAUCGGACGAAAUUUGGAAGUCUAUGUCGAUGACCUUGUAAUCAAAAGCAGGGAAGAAAAGCAAAUGUUAGCAGACAUCGAAGAAACUUUUCAGCGGCUUAGAGAAUAUAACAUUAAAUUAAACCCAAAGAAAUGCUCUUUCGGGGUGGAAGAAGGGAAGUUCCUGGGGGUAGUAGUCACUAGAGAUGGCUUCAAAGCCAACCCAGAAAAGGUGGCCGCCAUAACGCGGAUGCCUUCCCCACGAACAUUGAAGGAAGCUCAAGCCCUGAAUGGGCGACUUGUGGCAAUCAACAGGUUCUUGGCAAGACAUGCCGAGAAGUCCCUGCCUUUCAUAAAAACGUUGAAAGAUUGCCUUAACAAGAAAAACUUCAAGUGGACCAACGAAGCAGAACAAGCUUUGCAAGAUAUGAAACGCUUCAUAGAGGGAUUACCCAUGCUGACAGCACCAAGGCGUAACGAAGUAUUAAAGAUGUAUUUAGCGGCAGCUCAUACGGCGGUAAGUGAUGUGCUCAUGGUUGAACGAGAUGGAAGGCAAACACCGAUAUAUUAUAUAAGCCAGGUAUUAGCGGGGCCCGAAACACGAUAUCCCACGUUAGAAAAGCUGGUCUUGGCACUAGUACAUGCCACGCGGCGACUGAGAAGAUACUUUCAGGCGCACCGCGUGCAAGUCCUAACCAAUUACCCGUUGCAACAAGAGCUACACAAGCCGGAGAUUUCCGGCAGACUGGCCAAGUGGGCAAUUGAACUUGGCUCUUUGGAUAUCGAAUAUCAAAAACAAACAGUAGUUAAGGGGCAAGUAAUUGCUGAUUUUCUAGCCGAAAUACCUGAAGGGGAAGCUAUUUUGGACCCGGUCGUCCAGGACAUCCCGGAGUCUAGUACCGCCUGGCAGACCUGGAAACUAUACACUGAUGGGUCAUCUAGUGGAAAGGGAUCUGGGGCCGGUCUAAUGUUGAUAAGCCCAGAUGAGAUCAGGCUGAUGUACGCCUUACGCUUCGAUUUCGAAUGUUCUAACAAUGAAGCGGAGUAUGAGGCACUGCUAGCAGGUCUGAGAAUGGCGAAAUCUAUGGGAGCGGCAAGGGUAGACGCAGGCAAGAAUCAGAUAGCAGAUGCUCUCAGUAAGCUCGCCACCUCAGGUAUGGAAAAGGAAGUCAAAGUCGAAACGCUGCAGACACGCUCAAUUGAACCGCGGAAUGUUUCCGCCAUUACAGCGGAAGAGCCUUGCUGGUACACUCCGGUUCUACGUUUCCUUGAAACAGGGGAGCUACCUCCCGCUAAGGGCGAAGCACAAAAGAUACAAACGAAAGCGUUGCAAUAUGAGAUCAAUAAUGGUAUCCUAUAUAGAAAAUCUUACCUGGGCCCACAGCUGCGAUGUGUCUCCCCAACAGAGGCAAAGUAUCUCAUCAGCGAAAUCCAUGCAGGUCUAUGCGGCAUACACGCUGGACCCCGGGCGGUGGUAGCCAAAAUCCAUAGCGCGGGAUAUUAUUGGCCUGGGAUGCACGAAGACGCCGUAAUGGAACUACGGAAAUGCCGCAGCUGCCAGAAAUUCGCUCCUCAAACAAUAAGGCCCAAGAACAGCCUAGUGCCGGUGACAGCAGCAUGGCCUUUCCAGAAAUGGGCCGUGGAUAUCGUAGGACCUUUCCCGCCGGCCCCCGGAAAGUUAAAGUACCUAGUUGUGGCGGUAGAUUACUUCACCAAAUGGGUGGAAGCUAAGCCUUUGGCCAAAAUAACGGCGGACAACGUCAAAAAAUUCCUCUGGGAACACAUAGUGUGCAGGUUUGGGUUACCGCUUUACCUGGUGAGCGAUAAUGGAACACAGUUUACAGACAGAAUUUUCCACGAAUGGUGCACUAAUCUCCACAUCCAACAAAUCUUCACGUCAGUAGCACACCCCCAAGGAAAUGGCCAGGUAGAGCGGACAAACAGAAGUUUGCUGGAUAGCAUCAAGAAACGACUAGGCCACGAGGGAAGCUCCUGGGUGGAAGAAUUGCCAAAUGUCCUUUGGGCACAUAGAACAAUGCCCAAAACCAGCAACAACGAAACCCCGUUUGGCCUAAUCUAUGGAGCGGAAGCAAUGAUACUCGCUGAAGCGGGACUACCGUCACUACGCCGCCUCAACACAGGCGAUGAAAAUGACAGAUCUCUACGGGAAUGA